AUGUUGCAGUGUCUGUCUGUAGGUCCCAUAGGUAGGCCUUCCGUAGGCAAUUCAGUGAUGAGCCAUCGCAGGGUGUCUUUGAAGGAGCUGGGUCAAGUGGACUGCCAGGGCUGGCUCUACAAGAAGAAGGAGGGCAAGGGCUUCCUGGGAACCAAAUGGAAGAAGUACUGGUUUGUUCUGAAGAAGACCGCCCUGUACUGGUACACUGGUCAGACGGUGCGUUCUACUGUUGUGUUGUGCUAAUUUAUGUCGUUGUGUUGUUGUGUUAGGUCAUUGAGUUGUGCUAAUCUAAUCUGUGUUGUUGAGUUGUGCUAAUCUGUUGUUGUUGGGUCGUUGUGUUGUUCUAAUCUAUGUUAUUGUUGUGUUGAGUGUUGGGGCUGAGUUGGUAAACAUUUUAUUUGCUAAAUCUCAAAAUGCUUUAGUUUAGGGCAGGGAUGGGCAGCUGGCGGCGUCCCCCCUUUUGUAGUAAGCAUGGUUGAAUAACCGAACGGGGUGGGGCCCAUUGGUCAUCAGUUAUCAUAUUAAAAACUGCAAACAUUUGCCUCCACCAUAUGGCAAAAUGUGUAGAAUUGCAGCAAACUUGCUUUAAGACAGCAACAUGUUCUCUAUGCCCCAUGGCAAAAUGUGAAGAAUUGCAGGAAAUUAACUCUUAACUUCACUGUCACGAGGGGUGCUGCUUUGCUCGCAAGGUAGGGAGGCCCCUCAUGAUGAGUUCCAUUUUUUGGGGGGCUCCCAGCCCCAUCAAAGUUGCCCAUCCCUGGUUUAGGGUAUACAACAAGAUACGUUCGUAUAGAGACAGUCAUGGCAGACACCAGCAACAUGUGAUAAGAAUGGCUGGUGUAGUAGUAUCAAUACUUAAAACAGUAAUGUGUACUACUCUCCCGGACAAUGAUCCUCUAACCAACCAUAUUUAUUAAUUAUUGUCUUGUCACAUGAGCGUAAUCAAUUAUGCAUGUUAUUUUUGUUUCUCUCUCUGUCACCUCUUGGUCUGUAGGCUGAGAAAGCAGAAGGAUACAUCCACCUAUCAGACUUCACUGUUGACCAAGCAACAGAGUGCAAGAAGAAGCAGUUAGGUUUUUCUAAUUUAAAGUUUCCAUUUGGCCUGUUGGAAACCAGAGUAGUGUGGGCUAACCACAAACCUUUUGGUCUAGUUUUAGUUUACAUUACUUCCCCAUGUAUAGUAGUCUUCUUUAGCGUUUCAUUACCACUUCACCCAGUCACAGGAAAUUGCAGAGCUUUUGCACGUCUAGCUCAAAUGUAAUAUUUUGUGCUGUCUGUAUGAUCACAUGUAGCCUUGUUUCCUCUGUGUAAGUCAUCAAUCCUAAACCAUGUUUCUCUUCAUCUUUACGGUAUGAAUGCAGGCGUUAGAUAACUGCUGGUCUGCUGUUGACCAAAUUUAGUGAUUUCACUUUUGAUUCCUUCCUAAAAUCUCUCUCCCUCAUAGAAACACACAGAGCAGUGUUCAGCUCUCUCAUUUAGUGUCCUAUCCUGUCAUAGGAAUGAUAAUAAUUGUAUUUGUAGAGCACUUUUCAUACACGCUCAAAACACUCAAUGUAGUAUUUGUUGAUCUGACGGCUAUUUUGUUUUGCCUGAUCUCAUUUCAGUGCUAUAAAGGCCAGCCAUCCACAGGUUGUGACACUCUACUUCGCUGCUGAGCGUCUGAGUGAGAUGAACAAGUGAGUGUGUAAAAGAGGGUAAUGGAGGCCGGCCUGGAGGUUGUAGCCUAUUUGUGCUAUGCUGAGGUCUAAGGCACACUUACUAGUAGAGGAUGUGGGCUGACACUAUGAAAAUAUAGCUUAUUAAUGUGAACACAACUUUUUUUUUUACUGUUUACAUGGUGGGAAAGUUGAAUGUUAUUUUAUAUUAUAUCCGCUACACUCAUGGGGCCAUAUUUAAAUGCCAUUACAGUUACCUAUCAUUAAGCUAUUUGAGGAAGCUAGAAGCUAUUUGAGGAAGCAUGUGCAAAGAGGCCAUUUGCCUCAUAAGUGCAUAAAACAUUGGCCAUCUCGGUCAGGGAUUAUUGUUUUUAAGGCAUGGCUUCUCCAUGUUACAGGUGGCUGUCUAAACUGUCAGCAGCAGUGGCUGCUGCACUGAAGGAGUCGUCAGAGAGGAACACUGGAGGUAAUGGACUCUCAAGACAUUACAUGGAUCUUUUUUUAAAAUUCUAUUUGUUGUUUGUUUUCUUGAUGGAGAGAGACAGAAAUAAGCUAGGGGACAUUGGUGUAGUGGAGGGUAUACGCCAUAUAGCCACUUAUUUUUCAGUGGGCAUUGCAUAUACUCACUUAAUCCCCACUGAGGCGUAUCAAAGUAGUGGAGUGGAAGUAUAAACCAUAUCAAUUAAUAGAGCUGAUAGAACAGAUCGGAAUGUUUAGCUUAAAACGUUGAUAAACUAUUUCUUCACAUUUUAGGCGCAGCAACGUACACACGGCGGUAGGCCUACGCGUGAACGUUCCGAAAUACAAUUGCGGAAAAAACGCCCUUCUAAAAUGCACAUGCGAGCGGUUUCAUGGACAGAGAUUGAAAUAUUCGUUAGAAAUUUAGGAAAGGGGAGGAUGAUUUAAAGAUGCAACAACUAUCAUGGGUUUCUACUGUGACUAGGAUAAUGCCUUUGGCUGAUAGACAAUGAAAGAAAGUUUAAAGAAAACCAAAAGAACAGUAGAAUGCAUAUGGGUAAGUCUUUAUAAAAAAUGAAUGCCUCCACGUUUCUAUGAUUGGAUGUUGGCUAUAGGCUACUUUGAAGCAAGGGAAGACGACAUAAUAUGAAGUAAAACGUCCAGGUGUCAAACAAUUAAGGAACAGGGGAAAUAUAGCGACGCUAAUGAUAGGCCUAACUAUAUUCUGGUAUGUUAACUAGCUACAAAGUAGGCUAUGCAUACCUGUCAGAAUAUCAUGAUUAUUUGCAUCAAUCCAGUGGUCAUUUCUUUUGCAAACUCCAUCUCAUGUACAACAGAAACACUGCUAACCAAACAACAGUGCUAGGUGCCUGCACACUUGAAUUAAAGGGCAACUCAAAAUCAAAUCAGUGGGGGACUAAGUCUGAAGGCCUGGGAUCGCAUAUGUGUUGAGGGCAACGGCCUUAACCACUCGACCAACCUCAGGCAUUACAUGGACUUUUGUAACCAAUUACUCCUCAUAAUUCCUGUGGUUCACUGUGUGUCUAGAGUGCUACAGUGAGGAGAGUGACCAAGAGGUUGAGUCUCUGGAGACAUCUGACCCUGAGCAGCUGACCAUAGACUCUGUGAGUGUGAGUGCACUUCCCCAUUCAACUGCUUUGUAUGUACGAAGAUUGUUCAGCAUUGAUGCUACUUUGUGCUAGUGUUUAGACUCGGACUCAGUCUGUUGCUGUAGAUUACAUUUUAGUCAUUUAGCAGACACUCUUAUCCAGAGCGACUUACAGUUAGUGAGUGCAUACAUCAUUAUUAUUUUAAAUGUUUCAUACUGGCCCCCCGUGGGAAUCGAACCCACAACCCUGGCGUUGCAAACGCCAUGCUCUACCAACUGAGCUACAUCCCUGCCGGCCAUUCCCUCCCCUACCCUGGGCCAAUUGUGCACCACCCCAUGGGUCUCCCGGUCGCGGCCGGCUACGACAGAGCCUGGAUUCGAACCAGGAUCUCUAGUGGCACAGCUAGCACUGCGAUGCAGAGCUUUAGACCACUGCGCCACUCAGAGCCUCAUGUUAACCCACUGUGAAUGUUGUGAUUUGACUCUGUUCUCUCUCUGCCCAGGGAGAUGUCCCCCCAUCUUGCUCCACCUCGUCCCCCUGUCACUCCACUGGCCCAUUGUCUGCCCCUGACAGCAUUGUGACUUCAGAGAGCAUGCAGUCCUGGCUGGAUGUCCCUUCUGCAGAGAGGGCAGUGGGACAGGGUGCUCCCCUCCACCCCCUCAGACUGGAUGAGGAGGAUGGACCGGGGGCUGAGGCCCAGGGAGGAAAGGAGGGUAAACUUUUAGCUUCUCUGUAUCGACACCACAUUAUCCUGGAUUGACACCACAUCUCAUUAUCCUGGAUUGACACAAAAGAUGGCGGAGUAGCCUAGUUAACACCCACACCUCUAUACUGCCUGUUUGUUCUUAUGAACUUAUUUUGAAUGAUAACAUGUGAAUGAUGGCAUAUUUGUAUGCCAUAAUCUUGAUUUAUUAUGAUGAUUUUUAGAGGGCACAUCUGAUGAAAUGGAGGCACUGUACAUCCAUCUAAAGCAUGCCAGACUAUCUCCAACUGGAGAACUGAAGAGGGACUUCAGAGCGUCAUUCAUUCAACGCUGCAAAAAUGACCAAGUCAAUAACAAGCUGCAUCAGGUUAGGACCCUCAACAGCACUUUGAAGGUGAGUCACUUCAUUCUAGGUCAAAGAGCUCUCUGCUCAUUAGAACAGGGUCAUGUUCAGUAGGGCACACCAUGAAGAAGAAAAAAAAUCUAGCUCCCCCUUUCAAACCGUUUUCGCCCUACUGAACACAACCCUGAUCUGUUUGUCAAUCAAACCCAUGAACAUGGAAGGCUUAGUCUGUUAAUAUUCCUUGGCUACAAUACCCUUAGAUGUGCCUACAUUAAUUCCUGUUGAAAGGUGAACAGCUGUACAUCAACACCGUUGUCUGAUUUAUAUAUUUAAUAGGCAAAAGAAGCCGACCUGUUGGCUAUAGAACACGUGCUGGCAGAUCCCAUUCUUACUGCACAGAGGUAUCGUCAGUGGAGGGUUGGUAACGUGGCGCUACUGCAGGAGAUCACUAAUCGCAAAAAGGACCCACCUGGUGGCAGCAGAGAGCAGUCUUUCCCCCUCGGAGCUCCACGGACCCACUGCAUCGCUGACACCAGUGCGUGACCGACACACAACAAUGGUAUGCAUAGAGGCAUCGGAUACUAUUCUUCACGGCCCGUAUUUAUAAAGCGGCUCAGUUUAGGAGUGCUGAUCUAGGAUCAG